UGAGUUCAUUCUCCUCUAUAAAUAACAGAUUUAAGGUAUUAUUCUGUUGUCCGAAAAGACAGCUGUACCAUAAAAUUAAUACAUUUGGAACCCGAAUCAUUGACUUGUUUUGACGUCAGCUCGUCUGUUUUGCGAGGUUAAUCUCUCUGAAGAAUCCCUGUGUUUAUUUGAAUCAUGGAAUGGGCUUUGUAGAAAAAUGCCUGCUUGUCAAGCACUAAAUUGCAAGAAUGAGAAGGGGAAGUGUACGAAGAGUUUCUUUACAAUACCCAACCCAAAGAAGAAUGCUGAAUCAAAGAAGAGAUGCAGGCUAUGGAUUAAUAAUCUGAAAAAUGGGAAACUAUGCUUCAAAACAUUUGUAUAUAGCUCGUCUAAAGUUGUUUGUGAGGACCAUUUUACACUUGAAAGCUUUGUAAGGAAUCCAGUGGCAGAAUCAUUGAAUUUCUUUCCAAGAUGCAAAAGAUUAAAGCCGGAUGCUGUUCCAACAAUUGUGAAUACAUGUGCAACAAAGGCAGGGAAAGGAAAAAGUUUUCAAAAAUUGGUUGUAAAGACAAAAAAUUUCAAAUCAGCGCAAUCAAAACGAGGAAAAGCAAGGAUGCAUGACCUAGGUAUUAACAAAAGAAAUGUGACUAAACAUACCAAAUCAGAAACUGAUGCUUCAGAACAUCCAAAAUUUUCUGAGAGUAUGCAGCACAAUCAGCCUACAAUCAAAGAUGAGCCAAAGGUACAUGUUAACAAUAGUAGCCCAUCACCAGCAGUAUCCCAAGUACAGGAACCAGCGCCCACAGGAUAUGUUUAUACCUACAGACCAUGUGGUCAUCCAUGCUACAUUUGCCUCCAAAGCAAUUUGAGGGGAUCAGAAUUAACUUCAGAACAUAACUACAGUGCCAAAAAAUUCUGUAGGACCACUAGGACUAUAGGCACAAUGACUGAGGUUACACAGAAAGAUAAUGGUCAGAAUUCUAGUCACAUUUAACUUUAAUCCAAUAAAUCAAUUGUAGCAUAGCGAAAGAUAAUGAUUCACAUUAAUGAAAGUUAGAAAUAUUUAGCAGAAUCAUAUUGUAUGUAAUUUUAACUACAUUCAAAAGAGAGCUCAUAUAAAUUGAUAAAUGUCUCUAUGAUCAACCAAAUCCUGUCAAAGUACAUGUAUAAUGAAGGUUAAUCCCAGUGUGGUCAGUGUAAAACAAAGAUUAUGGAAAGGGCGGCCUAGCUUUUAUAGUACAGUCAUUUAAUUGUGCAAACAUUCUUUUAUUAAUCGUGUGGAUACAUUUCAAGUCUUUUUUUCAAAUUAUUGGAUAAGGAUGGAGGCAAAUCCAAAGAUCAAAUGUUACCUAAUGCAAGUAUACUUGAAAGAUUUUCUUCAGAACAGAAGGCCAUGUUAGCCAUAUUGAUAUUGAAGCAUCUCAUUGUUUUGGGAUUCAAAUUUAUAAAUAUGACCCAUUGCAGAUAAGUUGGGUUUACAAUGUGUUCAAAAUGUUUUCACGUGAAUAGAGAGGGAAAAAAAGCUUAAGAACAGUAGGGCCAGUGUGAAAUUGGAAUGUAUAAGCACUGACAAGUACAGGCAAGUAAAUAGGUCUACUUCAUGAUGCUACUGGGUACUAGACUAAUUAUUUUGUUGAUCCCUAUCAUCGUAUCUUUUUUGCAACAUGUCUUCAUCUAUCAGUUUAUUUUUUUUUUAAUUUUAUACUUCUAUAGAUCUUGUACAGUGUUGUAUUUUACUCAGGUGACUGUUAAGUCCCUUUGGCCUCUUGUUAUAAUUAGUAUAGCCCAUGUGAUACAAGUUUUCAAUAUAGGGCACAAUGAUGCUUCCUUUCAUUUUAUUUGUAUUAUAAGGAGGUUUUGGAGGAGAUGUGGGAAAUUCCUUGAGGACAUUGUUAUAACACUGAAGUGUAGCCUUGUCAACAUCUGGAGCUGAUAUUAACUUGAUUCAAAACAGACAAAAAACUUGAAUUAUGACAAUUUUCUUCACAAAUUACAGACAAAUUUGGGGGAAAAAUAUUUUCCAAAGUUUAGAAUAUUUAAAAUUAAAAUCAACAUACUUUUUAGCUCACCCCAACGAAGUCGAGAUGAGCUUAUGCUAUACCCCCAGCGUUGGCAUCGGAGUUAGCGUCGGCGUCCCAGUUAAAGUUUUAAAAGCAAGUCUCUUCCCAAGUAACUAUAAGCCCUAUCUGGACCAAACUUGCAUGGAUGAUGCAUCUAGGGAGGGACACUACCAAACUUGCUUCGGAUGCUGGAUCUGACCUACAUUUUCCAAAUGAGUAACCAUGACAAUGUGUUUGGAGUAGCUUUAUACUUAUAUGGCCUGUUAUGAUUUAACUUGCAUAGAUGGUGCAUUCCAGACUUGCUUUGGAUGUAGAAAUGAAAGACAUUUUCUUGAUUAGUGAACAGGUUCAAGUUUUUGGAACAGGUCAAUUCCCAAUGAACUAUAAGACUUACUUACACUGAACUUGCAUGAGUAUUGUUUUCACGAUGCAUACUAACUAUAAAGAAAAUAUGAUGUGAGAUUUGCAUUACUUCAUCGAGGUGAGCUUUGUAAUCUUUGAUUACCAAUGUUUUGAACUAGAAAAUGAACAGACUGAUUGUGAUCAAGAGGCAAUUAUAAUAGCAAAACUUUGGUGGUGUCUUUUUAGCUGACCUGAGCCAAAGGCUCAAAUGAGCUUUUCUGAUCAAAAUUUGUCCGUUGUCUGUCGUCGUUGUCGUUGUUGUUGUUGUUGUUGUUGUAAACUUUUCACAUUUUCAUCUUCUUCUCAAGAACCACUGGGCCAAUUUCAACCAAACUUGCCACAAAGUAUCCUUGGGUAAAGGGGAUUCAAGUUUGUUCAAAUGAAGGGCCACACCUUCUUCCAAGGGGAGAUAAUUAAGAAUUUGUGAAAAAUUAAUGGCAUCAUUAAAAAAUCUUCUUCUCAAGAACCACUGUGCUUGAAAAUAUGAAACUUAUGUGGAAGCAUCCUCAGGUAGUGUAGAUUCAAAUUUGUUCAAAUCAUCACCCCUGGGGGUCAGGUGGGGCCACAAUGGGCGAUCAAAGUUUAACAUAGGAAUAUAUAGGAAAAAUCUUUAAAAAUCUUCUUUUCAAGAACAGCAAAGCCAUGAUUGGUCAUAUUUAUAUGGUAGCAUCUUCAGAUAGUGUAUAUUCAAAUUUGUUCAAAUCAUGACCCCCGGGGGUCGAGUGGGGCCACAAUGGGCGAUCAAAGUUUUACAUAGGAAUAUAUAGGAAAAAUCUUUAAAAAUCUUCUUCUCAAGAACAGCAAAGCAAUGAUUGGUCAUAUUUACGUGGAAGCAUCUUCAGAUAGUGUAGAUUCAAGUCUGUUCAAAUCAUGACCCCCGGGGGUCGGGUGGGGCCACAAUGGGCGAUCAAAGUUUUACAUAUGAAUAUAUAGGAAAAAUCUUUAAAAAUCUUCUUCUCAAGAACAGCAAAGCCAUGAUUGGUCAUAUUUAUAUGGUAGCAUCCUCAGAUAGUGUAGAUUCAAGUUUGUUCAAAUCAUGACCCCUGGGGGUCGGAUGGGGCCACAAUGGACGAUCAAAGUUUUACAUAGUAAUAUAUAGGAAAAAUCUUUAAAAAUCUUCUUCUCAAGAACAGCAAAGCCAUGAUUGGUCAUAUUUAUAUGGUAGCAUCCUCUAGUAGUGUAGAUUCAAGUUUGUUCAAAUCAUGACCCCCAGGGAUAGGGUGGGGCCACAAUGGGCAAUCAAAGUUUUACAUAGUAAUAUAUAGGAAAAAUCUUUGAAAAUCUUCUUCUCAAGAAAACAGCAAAGCCAUGAUUGGUCAUAUUUACAUGGAAGCAUCCUCAGAUAGUGUACAUUUUAAUUUGUUCAACUCAUGACCCCUGGGGGUCGGGUGGGGCCACAAUGGACGAUCAAAGUUUUACAUAUGAAUAUAUAGGAAAAAUCUUUAAAAAUCUUCUUCUCAAGAACAGCAAAGCCAUGAUUGGUCAUAUUUAUAUGGUAGCAUCUUCAGAUAGUGUAGAUUCAAGUUUGUUCAAAUCAUGACCCCCGGGGGUCAGGUGGGGCCACAAUGGACGAUCAAAGUUUUACAUAGGAAUAUAUUGGGAAAAUCUUUAAAAAUCUUCUUCUCAAGAACAGCAAAGCCAUGAUUGGUCAUAUUUACAAGGAAGCAUCUUCAGAUAGUGUUCAUUUAAAUUUGUUCAAAUCAUGACCCCCAGGGAUAGGGUGGGGCCACAAUGGGUGAUCAAAGUUUUACAUAGGAACACGUAGUAAAAAUCUUUUUAAAAAAACUAUUUCUUAAGAACAGCAAAGCCAUGAUAUGCAUAUUCAUAUUCAUAUGGAAGCAUUCUUAGAUAGUGUACAUUCAAGUUUGUUCAAAUAUGACCCCUGGGGGUUGGGUGGGGCCACAAUGGGUGAUCAAAGUUUUACAUAGGAAUACAUAGGUUAAAUCUUUAAAAAUCUUCUACUGAAGAACAGCAAAGCCAUGAUUGGUCAUAUUUAAAUGGAAGCAUCCUCAGAUAAUGUAGAUUCAAAUUUGUUCAAUUCAUGACCCCCCCCCCACCCCCCCCCCACCCCCCCACCACCACCACCACUUUUAUAUUUAAACUUUUCAACCUUUCAAGACUGAACUGAUUUCUGCUUUUUUCUAGCCAUAGUGCUCAGGUGAGCGAUGUGGUCCCUGGGCCUCUUGUUUUACAACUUCACUGUUUGAAUGGUACUGUGAUCAAAUUGAUAUGAUUUUUCAUUGUACUGUAAAGUAGGUAAAGCAUACUUAAUAGUAAAUUGAUCUGGAAUUCAAUCCAUCAAUUAUGUGUACAUUUUUGAUAUACAAGCAGAGGAUAUAAUGCUUACAAUAAUAAUUUGUUUUAUUACCUUGCUGCACAUGUGUAAAGAGCUAGGUUCACUUUAUGCAUAAAAUGGCCCUGUAGAUAUACCAAUUUAUUGACUAACACUUUAUGUUCCAUUUUAAGCAUCAAGAUAAAGUAGAGACUUAGUGCUUUUAUUACCUACUAAAAAUUUUCUCCUUAAGGCCAAGGUCUUGGAAAACAGGCUUCAAGGAAUUGCAAUGUUCUUGAAUUUUAAGGAAAACAAGUAUAUUUGAGUACUUUCACAGAAGAGAAAUAAUAUGAGCGCACCCUCUGAUCUAAAAUAUAAAACAUGUUUUGUAAUCCUCAGAAAUAGUUCUAUCAUUUAAUAGUUGCAUAUUUUAGAUCAGAGGUUGCGCUCUAUAUUAAAUAUCAAAAAAUAGCUUUAAAAAUUGGCUGUUUUUGUAGAAUUUUUCAGGAUAUGAGGAAAAUGACACAUUUUAUGACAUCAUAAUGCAUUGACUAGUCAGAAAAUUACGUCAUUUUUGAUAGAUGCGCAGUCACCAAAGGUCUAAAUGAUAUUUAAUGCAUUGUCAACUAAAACCAAGCAAUUUCAGUUUUUCUGAAAUUCACAGGGACAAAAAAGGCCUUAAGUGAACCUUGUUCUUUGUACACAUUUUUCUUCAGUUUUGUAAACAUUUCAUUAGUUGUCCACAUAUAUUUAUGAUGAGUACAUACAUGUAAUAGUUCACAGUAAAGAAUAAAACUUGUGAUGAGUUUUUUAUAUGAUUUGAUUAUAUUUCACUUUUUUUAAUAAAGAAAGUUCUGGUAUAAAA